AUGUCCAUAGUGAACGCCUUGUUGUUUGUGUCCCUGUUUGUGAGCGUGGACGUCUGCGCUCUCGGCUUCCUACGCUUCCUGCAGUUGUCUCCGCAAAUCUUCUUCCGCUUCCCAUGCCCGCCGCUAGUCGCUUUGUGGACAGGAGAGCUGACUAGAGCUUUCCUCCUCCUGCUGCUCCCACUAGUAGCUGGUGGUCCCUCAUGGGCACGAGGCUUCGGUAUUGUCCAGAGCGUCCUGGUCCUGACUUUGCACCUGCCAGUGUACGUGACACUUGUGCACGCGCUGGGCGGAGCUGUCGACGAGGAAAUGUGGAGCUGGCACUCCUGGGAAAGGAUGUUUCAGGGCUACCUGGUGACCCUUGUGUCGUGGAUCUACUGGACUCAAUACGUCCAGUCUCUGCUGCUGUCUCUGACUCGCUCCGUGUCGUUCCUGUGGAGACCAAAGAGCAGACUCUGCCAGGAGACCAAAAAGGAAUCCGUCUCAUCUCUGAGGAGACUGUUGGGAUUCAUGCAGCCUCACAUCGUUUGCUUUGCGGGCGUCUUGCUUCUUGUGGCGCUUUCCUCUUUCUGUGAGAUGGCAGUACCUAAGUAUACGGGUCAGGUGGCCGACUGGAUCCAAGACCAGGGGGCGCCUGACGCUUUCACAGAGGCUAUCACAAUUAUCGCCGUCAUGACUGUUGCCGGUGCGGUGCUAGAGUUCAUUGGUGACCUGAUGUACAACAUCACCAUGAGUAACAUUCACACGGCAGUACAGGCAGAUGUCUUCCAGGCCGUAGUCAAGCAGGAGAUCGCCUUCUUUGACAGCACCCCUGCAGGUGAGCUGGUGUCGCGUAUCACCACGGACACCAACACCAUGAGCGAAGCACUGAGCCAGAAGCUGAGCUUGCUCAUGUGGUACACUGGCCGUGUGAUCUUUCUCUUCGCCUUCAUGCUCAUGCAGUCGUUCAAAAUGUCGUUGGUCACCCUCAUGGGACUUCCCAUCAUUUGGGUCGUGCCGAAGUUCACGGCACACUUCAACCAGACAAUAUCGGUGAAAGUUCAAGAGUCACUGGCUAAAGCCAACCAGGUGGCAACAGAAACCUUCUCUUGCAUCAAGACGGUGAAAAGUUUCGCUAACGAGGAGGGCGAGACGGAACGCUACAGGCGCUGCACGGAGGAAACGUACGCCCUCAACAAGUUAGAGGCAGUGGCAUACGCCAGUACUACGUCUGCCAAUAGCAUGACCACUUUGGCCAUGAAGGUGUUCAUCCUCUACUACGGAGGCGUUCUCGUGACCCGCGGGUUGGUCAGCAGUGGAGAACUUGUCUCCUUCGUCCUCUACGAGCUUCAGUUUGCUUCUGUCGUAGAUGCCUUAAUGCAUUGCUACCCAUCGGUGAAGAAAGCUGUGGGGAGUUCUGAGAAGAUAUUUGAAUACUUGGAUCGGAAACCUCAAGUUCCUCCAGAUGGAACUUUGGCCCCGGAUGACCUGAAGGGACACGUUCAGUUCAAAAAUGUCACGUUUGCCUAUUCGAAAGGCAACGGUAUAGCCCUCAAGGACGUGUCCCUGGAAAUGAAACCCGGGAAGAUCACUGCACUUGUGGGGCUCAACAGAGCUGGAAAGUCGUCUUGCGUCAAGCUGCUGGAAAGGUUUUAUCAACCCCAAAGUGGAGUCAUCCUCCUGGACGGGAAACCCUUAGACACUUAUAAGGACGCUUAUCUUCGCCAGAAGAUCUCAGUGGUUAGCCAGGAAGUUGCGCUGUUUGCCCGUUCCGUGAGGGAGAACAUCAAGUACGGCUGCCCAGACGCCACUGAUGAGGACAUGUACGAGGCUGCUAAGAUGGCCAGCGUCCACGAGGACAUCACCAAAUUGUCCAAGGGUUACGACACUGAUGCUGGUGAGAAAGGAGGGCAAAUAUCUGGCGGCCAGAAGCAACGUAUCGCUAUUGCCCGAGCCUUAAUCCGACGGCCCACCGUCUUGGUUCUAGACAACGCCACCAGUGACUUGGACACCAAAAAUGAACAUCAGGUCUACGAGGCCCUUCUGAAACUCAAAAAUUGCUCUGUGCUGCUGAUAUCCACCAAAAUGAGCGUGGUGGAGAUGGCCGACCACACCGUUGUUCUCCAUGAUGGCGCGGUUGAGGCAGAGGGCAGCCACGCCCAGCUGCUAAAAACCAGCCAGCUGUACGCUCAGCUGGUGAAGAAGGAAAAGGAGGAGUAG